ACCCAUCUCAAAAACACUUUAAAAAAAGUAGUCGAAAGGCAGCAGCAGCUCAAAAAAAGAAGAAUCGCCCUUUUUUCUUUGUUUCGCCCUUCACUCGCAAAAAAAAACACCGUAUCCCACCCGUCGCCUCGCUUACCCUGUAAAAAAAAACUCUCUAAAAAACAAAUUUAUGAACUAUAACACGAAAUAAUGACACAACAACAACAAACCAGAGUUAUUCCUCUCACAUGCUCCGGCCACACACGGCCUGUGGUUGAUUUGCAAUUUUCUUCAAUGACGUCUGACAAUAAGUAUUAUUUGAUAUCUGGAUGCAAAGAUGGCAACCCCAUGCUCCGAGACGGCCAAACCGGCGACUGGAUUGGCACAUUUUUAGGCCACAAGGGUGCCGUAUGGAGCGCACGUCUAUCUAAAGAAGCCCAUCGCGCAGUGACAGGAUCAGCCGACUUUAGCGCGAAAGUGUGGGACACGUUUACAGGCCAGGAACUCCAUUCGUUUGGUCACCAACACAUUGUACGGGCUGUCAACUUUAGUCCGGACGGGACCAAGAUUGUGACGGGAGGCCAGGAAAAGAAGUUGCGGAUUUUCGACUUGUAUCGACCCGAUGCGCCACCCAUCGAGGCCGAUGAUCACUCGGGCACGAUCAAAACGGUGAAUUGGCACCCGACGAAAAACGUCUUGUUCAGUGGCGGCGAGGACGGCAUUAUCAGGGUGAGGGAUUUGCGAGUGAUGCGUGAGAUUGCUGCUUUGCCGGCAGGUGGGCCUGUGUCGUCCAUGACUCUUUCGCCGGAUGGUGAGCGGAUCUGUUGGACAGCAGAUAACAAGGCAGGCUUUUGGUCCCUGGAACUAGGACUUGCUCCAACGGAGGACACAAUCAUGAUGCACACGAUGCCAAGAAGCGUUUCUUCCAUUGCCUUGCAUCCUUCUGGCGAGAAGUUCGUCGUUGGCAGCGACUCUGAUCCGUGGGUGCGAAUCUAUGAUGCGUUGACGGCGAAAGAGCUUGAGGUUAACAAGGGACAUCACGGGUCCAUUCAUGCUGUGGGCUACAGUCCUGACGGUGAAGUUUAUGCGUCGGGAUCAGAGGACGGAACGAUUCGAUUGUGGCAGUCCGAUCCCACCAAGUCGUAUGGUCUGUGGCAAAAGGUCAAGGACGCAGAAUAAUCACUGACGACGAUGAUAUCCUAGCACAUAACACAAUGCACAUGUACUUCUUCUCUCUUUCUGCUAUGCAAAAAAAAAUAAAUAAAUAAAUAAACACAACGUACUUUCAAAGUAAACAAAAUAAAAAAAGAUGCUUCCUUUGUCAGGCUCGUGAUUUUGAUGAUGAAGGAUAUACCUUCGGAG